UAAGCCUUUUUGCAGCUUGCGUGAGGCGCAAUGCACUAAUAUGCCCCGCUCAUUGGCCGGCAGCGCAGCAGCACCGACACCAGCACAUGUUUUAUUUUCAAAUCAAUUUGGGCUUGCGCCCGCAUAAGUACGCAAUUCAUAUGCAUGCACGCCCGCUUCCACAUAAAUAUGUAUAUAUAUACAUACAUAUAUGUUGGUUGCGCUUAGAAUUUGUAAUGCCCACUUAUAGGAAGCGCGUCGAAGCGUGCACUGCAGCCAAUAAAUAUUAAAAAAAAAAAAGAAACAAAAAGAAAAUAAUAAUAAUAAUCAAUAGAAUACAAAUCUAGUAACAUUUCGUCAAUUGACAAUUGACAAAUGACAGUUGACAGAAAAAAGAAAUUGAACAAAUUGCACGCUACACAACACUACACAACAGCAAACACCAACACUACUCGAUACUUCCGCCGCAGCAGCAGCAGCAGCGCAGCCUCGCUGUUCGAUGCCUGCGCGAAUCUACCACGAACGGCAGGUGGCGCAACUGUGCGCACUGCACGCCUUAAACAAUCUGUAUCAGCGUCGCAAUCUGUUCACCAAGCAGCAACUGGAUAAUUACUGUUAUGCGCUGACGCCACGCGUCUGGCUGAAUCCGCAUCGAUCGUGGCUGGGCUGGGGCAAUUACGACAUCAACGUCAUCAUGUACGCCGUGCAGCAGAUGAACUGUGAGACUAUUUGGUUUGAUAGACGCCGUGAUCCGCAUUGCCUAAAUCUGGCCGAGAUCUUUGGCUUCAUACUGAAUAUCGGCGUUGCCGUAAGAUUUGCCUACUAUAUACAGCUGCCCGGCGUGCGUAGCCGGCAUUGGGUCGCCUUGCGGCGCAUCGAGGGCAAUUACUAUAAUCUGGACUCGAAGCUGGCGCAGCCGCGUUGCAUUGGCAACGCGAACAAGUUCUUGGAUUAUCUACGCCAGCAGCUGAGGCCCGGAAAUGAUCAUGAGCUUUUCAUAAUUGUGAGGCGGCAGCGGGCAGAGCAGCAGUGUUGGUUAAUGCCCGAGUAUCGGCUCAUGCAGGAGGGCGAGUAAUCACACAGACACAGGCUCACACACACACACACAGACACACGCGCCCCUAGGUUUACAAUAAACAUUUUUACUUUGGCAUCGAUAACAACAGUUUAUACGCGGAUAACAGUUGUUGCCGUUAGCAUUCGCUGUGCGUGCAGGUAAUUACAGUUACGUACAUAUACUAUUAAUGUGCCUGUGUGCGUCUCCAGCUUAUGCCAAUUUAGCUUUUUUUUUUGUUUAACGGUCAAUCUGGCUUGCUUUUUGGCCAGGCGCCUGCAUUUCUGACUAUAGGACAUUUUGAAAUACCCUUAAUCAAUGUAGCAAAUCGAAUGAAAGCAUUUUACAAACAGCAUUUAUAAGCUAUAUUACAUAUUAUCUAAGCCUUUUUUAGGGCACAUGAAAUACAAGAUAAGAUUCAAGUGGAUCAUGCCAUAAGCAAUAAAAAUAUAUACAUACGUAUAUAUCUCUGCAAUAGAAUGUGUCAGCGAUUUAAAGAAGCACUUCUACACUUUAUUUAGCUAUUUGUAACAGUUUUUUUUUUUUUUUUAGCUAUUUUUCGUUAGUUCUCAACACUGGUUCAACGAAGCGAAUGCAACCACUCGAUUAGCAAUUAACGAUAAACGCCAUAAUUAUUUUGAAUUAAUGUCAAACGCAAAUGCAUGUUGACAUGCAUUUAAAUUCGUAUGUUUGUACAUCAAAGCGUCCAAAAUUAUAUUAUGCCGCUGUUAUCAGCACAGGCACAACAGCAGAGCAGAGUGCUGCCAUUUCGGCAAAUUACAGCGUGUGCGUGCGUGUGUGUGUGUACAGAAGAAAUGAGAGAGAGAGAAAGAGAGAGAGGGGGAGACAUUCGCUUGUUAAUGAUAAUUCAACACGCAAACGAUUGGACGAUACAGUGCGAAAAAGUAAACACAUUAAAAUACUGUGCAAAUGUAUUAUACGUUGACGAUGACUCAUGCUCUUUAACAUAAACCUUGGACAGUGUCAUUCGAGCAUUUUUGCGGCGAUAACAAGAUCAAGAGCUGUAUACGCUGCACUAACUAAGCCGCCUGUUAUCUUGCGCUGUUAAACAGCUGACUUAAAACCACAAUAACAGCAGCAGCGACAGCAGCAACAACAACAGCAGUCAUGCUGCUAAUUGCCGUUUAACAUAUUUUUCAAAGCUCCCGCUAAAUGCGUCUGUAUGCGUGUGUGUGUGUGUGUGCGUUGCCGGCGGGCUUCUGUGUGCGUAAAGCACGUGCACUUUUUGGCCUUUCGCUUGGGCAAACGGUAGGCGAUAAAACAGUAAAGAAAAAUGAAAAAAAAAACUAGUUUGGAUUAACGACAACAAACAAUACAAUAGCAAUUGGAAACUGUA